AUAAAAACUCACGGCUCAGACCUGAACCUAAGAUGCAGUCGCUGAAGAGCCUCUUGUUCCCCGUCUGCUUCAGCCUGAUGUUGUCCGUCGGAUACUGUAGGUGCAAGCCGCUGACCAGCUUGAUUCAGAAAGAGGAGGCUGAGGUGGAGGGCUUGCGCCGGAGCUCAGAACGAGACCUAACCAGGGUGGAGGACGAGGACAUGAGGAGGAGGCAGAGGAGUUUCUUGGGCAAUAUGAAGGAAGAGUUCCUGCGCAAGCUGAACCUAUCAGGGGUCCCCCAGGAGCACAGCAAAAUAGACCCGCCUCAGUUCAUGGUGGAGCUGUACAACAGAUACGCCAGCGACAAGUCCACCAUGCCCCGCUCGGAUGUGGUCCGCAGCUUCCUCAUCCAAGAUGUCAUCCACUCUGAAAAAAACGGAAACAGGUCCAAACACAGACUGCUGUUCAACGUCUCUAUUCCUGGCCAUGAGGAAGUCACCAUGGCAGAGCUGAGACUCUUCUCCUUCCCUGACAAGAGGUCGGCAGCCUGCGGCGACAUCAGAGCAACGAUAAAAAUCUAUAAAGUGGAGCACAGUGGCGGCAAACCCACGCUUCGCUUCCUCAGUGGCAAGGAUGUAGAGGGGGCCCGCCAGUCCUGGGAGGCCUUUGACGUCACCGAGGCGAUCCAGGCCUGGGUGCGGUUGGGCCACGGCGCGCACGAGCUGGAGGUGCAGGUGGAGCGGAGGGACUGCCGGGCCCCACGGGGAGGGGGCGGCGGCGGCCUGGACGUCAGCGUUAGCCUGCGGGGGAACAGCUCGGCGAUCCUCAUCAUUUUCUCCGACGACCUGGGGAGCAGGAGGAGAGAGGCCCGGAAGGAGCUCAGGGAUAUGAUCCUCCACGAGGAGGAGAGCGUCUUCUCGGGAACACCUGACGCCGGGGCCAACCGCGACCUAGCCCCCGCUGACACCGAGGCCGACGCUGCCGCUGCUGCCCAUCCGAGGCGGAGGAGGCAGGCGCGCACCGACUACUGUCGGAGGACCUCCCUGCGCGUCAACUUCAAGGACAUUGGCUGGGACAAGUGGAUCGUGGCACCGGUGGAGUACGACGCCUUUGAGUGCCGGGGCAUCUGCUACUUCCCCCUGACCGACGACGUCACGCCGUCCAAGCACGCUCUCAUUCAGACGCUUGUCAACCUCAGCAAUCCCAAAAAGGCCAACAUGGCGUGCUGUGUGCCCACCAAACUGGACCCCAUUACUGUCCUGUAUCAGGAGAACGGUAUCAUCACCGUGCGACACCUGUAUGAGGAGAUGAAGGUAGCUCAGUGUGGGUGCAGGUAGUGAGGUAACAUUCCCAUAGGCCCCUGUAAAUCUGUACAUUCCUGCUUUAAGAGGCAGCCCUUUUCCCCCUUUAUUUAAUGUAUGUACAUAAGAUGC